CAUUGCUCCCGUAACAUCUGGUUUCGCUUCCUACACAAAACCAUCAACAAUCACUUCUACCUAUACCAAAAAUUACCGAAGCUCAUCACUAGCCCUCAAUGUAUUCACUGUCCUUACUUCCGUCGCAACACCAUUGACACACUUGACCAUCUCAACUUUCUUUGUCCAGUCAAAUACAAAAUCUGGUGUCACAUCCUCUCCAAAUAUAUCGAUCCUUCUCUUACCGCUCCUUCAAUUCAUCUCUUACGACAACUCCCCAAUCUCCGUACCACCAUCAGUCGUUCCAGUCAUUCUGCAUUCCCAACCCUAUCCACGCAACAAAUUUGCGCUAGCACAUUGGAAGGUCUAUGGUCCAGCCAUUGGCGUUCAGUUUUUGAUUCCACACCCUUCACCUUUUCUGCUGUACUCUCCAUAAUCAAACGCCUGCUGACUAAACAAUCCGACGAACAAGAACUAAUAUUUUCUGACUGA